UUUUCAUAGUAGCUUCGAAACACUGCUGAGGUAUAGAUGGUAAUAAGAAAAAUAAAGAGCUAGCGAAGAUAAACCAAAAAGACUCGUAGCAGAUUUGAUAUAAAUGUAUUAAGAAAAAAAAUUUAAUCGUUUCAAGAAGAAUUCUAUAAAUUGUACAUUUUCAAGUACUUAUGAAAUAUAAAGAAGCAAGAAAUUAUAAAAUAAUUUUGCCAUCUUAAUUUAAAAAAUUAAUAAAUGCAACAGACUAAUGCCAUUUAAAAUUAAAAAAGUGAUAUGCAAAAAAUAUAAGAAGUAAAUAUUAUUAUUACAAAUAAUAAGUGCUGUGAUUUCAACUACAAAAAAAUUAAGCAAAGAAAAGUUUAAAAAAUUUUGUAAUAAAGCAAUUUUCUUUCUACAAAAUAUUUUUGUUGGGAAAAUAUUUUCAAAAUAAGCAAGAAAUUCAGCAAAUUGUGAUAAAUAUCAACAAGAAAAAGUGAUACAUCAAGCACCAGUAGAGUUUCGAACUUACUCGAAUUUUCUGGAAAUUAAAAAUAAAAACUAAGUUUUUUGCUUGAAGAAAAUUAAUCUAAAAAACGGCAGGAAAAGCCAGUGAAAGGCAAAAGUUUUUGAUAAACGCGCGCUGAUACACUGCAAAAUUAAUUUUUAAGAAAAUUUUUAAUAUCCACAAUUUCCUUAUUACAAAUGAAAAUGGAAGUACUCGCUGUGCAGCAACCAUAUGAGACGACGGUAUACGGGGCGCUCGGUACCUAUAAAGCUAAAAACUGGGCUAACAUAUUAACACCGCCGCCAACUAAAGCAACGCAGUCACCCACCAAUUUACCAUAUCUACAGAGUAACACUACCAAUAAAAUGAAGAACAGUAUUAUAAGCAAGAAAACUAAACGCACUGCAGAGGUGAGCAGCAAUGGUAAAUCACGUGCUGCUGCUGCUGUUGCAAAUCAACAACAACAACCAGCAACAGAUAGUAGUUACCGCAUUGGUUAUAGUAACUACAAUCAUACACCAGAUAACACAAAUCUAUUUUACUGUGAUGAUAUUGAUGCAACAGCUGUAAAUGAACUUUCAUUGCGUUUGCUUGAUGAACUGCGUGCGGCUAAAUCGCGUCAUUUAACCUGCACUGAAGUCUCCUUACCCUGUGAUCUCACACCUAGAAUAGCAGCAGAAAUUAUACGUGUUUCCGAGAAGGAACCGUGCGGAAUACGUGGCUGCACCAUAUACAUCGAAUUCGAAGAUGAACCAAAUAACUCGAGACGUAUUGCAUCACUCAAAUUGGAUCCCGAAAUGGUAUCUACCUUUGAGAUAUAUUUAACAUUGCGUCAGGACCAUCGUGGUUGGACUGCAUUAUUGCCACAAUUCAUGAAAAGCUUGGCACGUACAAUAACUAUCAGUCCAGAGUUCAGCAUUACUAAACAUAAAUUGUACUCACCACAAGAGCGCAGCAGUUAUAGUUACGGUAGUAAUAGCAGCAGUAGUGCUGCCAUCUCUACACCAUCAUCGUGAUGUGGUAAAUUUAUAACAACGAGAAAGCAAUUUUAUCGAUAAAAAUUUUUUCGAUAGUAUCGAAACGAAGACGAUGUAUUAUUAUUAAUUAAUAUUAAUUUUCGAAGCCACCCCACCUACACACAUACAUAUACACACGGUUACACACUACACAUCUUAUGUCUAAUUGAAAUACACUAUACAUCUCAAUACAUAUAUAGUGAAUAUAUUCUAUAUAUAUAUUCUUUCGAUUAUAUAUAAUAUGUGAACUCACCACCAUUAGUAUGUAGGUAAAUAUUUUUUGUCUUAGGUAUUUAAGUUGAUUACAAAAACAAAUUGUGAAAACAUGAAUUUUUAAGAUAAUGGCAAAAUUAUAAUUUGCCAAAUCUCAAACUCAUGAAAAUGUGAUACUGGUUAAGAUGCUAAGUUUUAAAAUUGAUCUUAUAUAAACAACAAAAACCUAAACGUACUCCAUUAAUUAUUAAUAUUUAAGUAUUUUCAAUAUCCCUGUAAUUGCCUCAUCCCUAAAUCCCUAAAUUAAAAAAAAAAUGAAACUCUUUUGUGAAAUUUGGUAGUUCAUGGUGAACUCAAGUAAAAAGAUUUAGUAAGAAAAAAUUUGAAAAAUUUUUUUCCUUCCCAUUUCGGAAACUUUUUUACAUAUAAGAAAAAAAACAUUUGCGAUAUAUUUAAAAACAAAAUACAAUUUUCAAUUAAACAUUAAAUUAAAAAUUAAAAAAAACUUAAUAAUGUUCUCAUUUACUAAAUAUUAUG